CCUCAGGCCGUUUCCAGUUGUUAUCAGUGUUUUGGGCUGCAGACUUCCCCUGCGCUCUGUACAGCUAGUUCCUGUUCAGAAAACGGAAGUGCGUGCCCUGCCCAGCGCAGUGAGCGAGGAGAGAGAGUUGGGAGCUGCAAGGCGCAUGCUGAAGCCCCCAGCCUGUGAGGCUGGGACGCUCACUUGUCAUCUUCACGCCUCAGUGCCGCCCAGGCUGGGACAGAGAGAGCCAAAGCCCGGAAGAAGCUACCCCCUGCACAGAGCUGUGGGGGACUGGUGCCAGGCUGGGUUAACGCUGACUUGCGAUCAGGGCUUGGAAACCUCCAGUGGCUCCUGUGUGUGCUGGACAUGCUGACCCCUUCCUUCUGUUCUUGGGGAUGUACAGCUACCCAGAAAAGGGUCCCGUUCUUCCCGUAAGAGCAGGAAAACUGCGACUGGGCCCAGAUGCCCAUAGGCAGUGACCCUGAACACCACCCACAGACCCACUGAAGUUCUGCAGGGAGGAGCUGGUGGAGUGAAAGAUGCUGCACUGGAAGAAGUUGUGGGCUGCUACAGCCCUGUGCAUGGUGCCUGCCCUGUGGCAGGUUUAUCAGUCCUUGUACCUGGGGCAUUCAGCCUCUUUCUGGAGCCUUGGAGACAUACUAGGGCCUGCGUCUGUCUCAGAGGCCAAGUCCUGUGGCUGUGCCAGCUGUAUUGUGGAGCUCAGCAGCUCAGCCUGGUUUAAAGAACGGUACAACUCAGUGAUAAAUCCCCUGCUGACGGUGCACACCUCCAAGGUCGCCCCAGACGUUCUGUCGUGGUGGCUGAAGCUGCAGGGCUCGCAGAGCAGUGUCCAGUUCCAGGAAAUAAUCCAGCAAAUGUUUGACAUUCUUCCUUCCCCAACCAUGGAUGCUCGGCCCAUCUCCCGCUGCAGGAUGUGUGCGGUGGUGGGGAACUCCGGGCACCUGAGGGGCUCCCACCACGGGAGAGAGAUUGACUCCCACCACUGGGUUCUGAGGAUGAACAGGGCGCAGACUGCUGGGUUCGAGGAGGAUGUUGGCACGAGGACAACGCACCACUUUAUGUACCCAGAGAGUGCUAUGGACCUCCAGCCUGGUGUCCACCUGGUGCUGGUUCCCUUUAAAGCACUGGACCUGAAAUGGGUGACCAGUGCCUUCUCCACAGGGAAACUGCGCUACACGUACACAAGAGUCAAACAGUUCAUUGAAGCUGACAAAAGCAAGGUGCUAAUCUUGAACCCUGCCUUUCUCAAAUACAUCCAAGACAAGUGGACACAGCACCAUGGGAGGUAUCCAUCCACAGGCUUCACCACAUUGCUUUUUGCCUUGCACACCUGUGAUCAGGUGUCAGUGUUUGGUUACGGUGCGGACAGCAGUGGGAACUGGCACCACUACUGGGAAGAGAACCGUUACCCUGGAGCCUUCCGCAGGACUGGGGUGCACGACGCGGACUUUGAACUUGCCCUCAUCAAGAAACUGGCAGCCGAAGGCAAAAUCUCCUUUUAUAACUAGCUAAGGGGGCUCUGCUACCCUACGCCAACCCCCAGCCAGGGGGCGCUUCCUCCCGCGGGUGCGCCGCUCUCCACGCCCAGCCCCACUGCCUCGGGGGGAGGGACUGUUCGGGGUUGCAGCAGAACCAAUUACGCUUCAAAGCUAGAGACGGACCAUGCUGCCCCAUUCCUCUUGCUUUUCUUCCCUGCGAGGGGACGCUCUGGAGGGGGGCGUCUAGCUAUCCCGCUCGCCGGCCCCGCUGUGUCGUCACUCAGCAAUGGCUUUACCCUCUCAACACCCCAGCAGGUUGGGAAGGGACAAGAUUCCCAUUGGCCAGCUGGGGAACUGCGGCUCAGGGGCUUGCCCAGAGUUGCCCAGGACGGCUGCGGCGGAGCAGGGGCAUUGAGGUGUGGGGUGUUGCCGAACCCUGAGCGGCCGCAUAUUGCUGCAGCUUUUCGGGGCACCUGUGACCUGCUCGCUGGUUACUCUGAAUAUGAAUGCGAGAAGAGAAGCUGAAGAGCCAUUCACAGGGGGACAUAGGGUUUUACAGGGAGCCCCUGGGUCAGCUGUGUGCAUAGUCAUCCACUAAAGGGAGGCAUGCGAGUCUAUACCAAGAGCCAGUAACCCCCCUGGGCAUCAGCACUGUGUCAUGUAUGGCUGGGUGAUAUUUAAGGCAUUAUGUAUCCAUACUGGAAAUUAGCAUCUUAAAGCCUUGAAGUGAAAGCAGGACUCCAGGAGGUGACACCUCAGAGAGGGCCCUUUCAGGCGGGGGUGGGGGGGUGUGAUCGACUGCUCCCUGUCUAGCAUUUGUCUGUUGUGUACUGUGUGUCUCACAAAGUGGUGCCUAUUUGCCUACUAAUCCAGAUGCCAAUUAAGAGACUGCAAAAUCUACAAGAGUAUCCAGAGUAAAACCAGCAGCAGCAUGGGGGCGGGGGUUGGGGGAGCUGCUUUAGGCCAAUGGAUUUUUUGGUCUAUUGGGAGGUGCAGACACAUGGCUACGAUCUGAUACUUGACACCAUGCAAGGCACUGCAUUGAGCCGUGUGGAGUGGAAAUCCAUCAACCUCAUGAAGAAACUUGCACAAGUACAGACAGACAUCAUCUUUCUUUCCAAAUGCAAAUGGAUGGACAUCAUGCCAAAUGGACUGAAGGUGAAAAAUCCAUUGCUAUCUACAUACUGCACAGACCACAGUGAGAGAUUAUGCCACACACUGUCAAAGAAACUGAGGAACCACCUGAUCAGCAUCCUGCUAUGUACAUCCCAAACUGGACAGUCCCUACAUAAAAGGAUAAAUGGACACAAAUCAGAUAUUAGGAAUGGCAAUAUACAGAAACCUGUAGGAGAACGCUUCAACCUCCCUGGACACACAAUAGCAGAUUUCAAGGUAGCCAUCCUGCAGCAAGAAAACUUCAGGACCAGACUUCAAAGAGAAACUGCUGAGCUUCAGUUCAUUUGCAAAUUUGACACCAUCAGCUCAGGAUUAAACAAAGACUGUGACUGGCUCGCCAGCUACAAAAGCAGUUUCUCCUCCCUUGGUGUUCACACCUCCACUGCUAGAAGAGGGCCUCAUCCUCCCUGAUUGAACUAACCUCGUUAUCCCUAGCCUGAUUCUUUCUUGCAUAUUUAUACCUGCCUCUGGAAAUUUCCACUAUAUGCAUCUGAGGAAGUGGGUAUUCACCCAUGAAAGCUUAUGCUCCAAUACGUCUGUUAGUCUAUAAAGUGCCACAGGACUCUUUGCCGCUUUUACAGAUCCAGACUAACACGGCUACCCCUCUGAUACAUGGCUAUGAUCCUUCACCAGAUACGUGUCUCAUGAAGAAGUCUUUCAGCCACGCCCAGAUCAACGACACAGGAAGGCCUUUGGGUGAGCAUCGCUCCAUAAGACAGGAUUGUAACUAGUUAAGUAACCCUAGGUCCAAAUAGGGCUGUCAGUUAAUUGCAGUUAACUCAAGCGAUGAACACAAAACAAAUUAACUACAUUCAAAAAACAGUUGCGAUUAAUAGCAGUUUGAAUUGCACCGUUAAACAAUAAUAGAAUACCAAUUGAAAUUUAUUAUAAAUAUUUUUGGAUGUUUUUCUACAUUUUCAAAUAUAUUGAUUUCACUUACAAAACAGAAUACAAGUGCACAGUGCUCACUUUAUGUUAUUUUUAUUAAAAAUAUUUGCACUGUAAACCAGAUAAACAAAAGAAACGGUAUUUUUCAGUUCACCUCAUACAAGUGCUAUAGAGCAAUCCCUUUGUUGUGAAAGUGCAACUUACAAAUGUAGCCGUUUUUUUACAUAACUGCCCUCAAAAACAAAACAAUGUAAAACUUUAGAUCCUACAAGACCACUCAGUCCUACUUCUUGUUCAGCCAAUCGCUCAGACAAACAAGUUUGUUUACAUUUAUGGGAGAUAAUAUUGCCCUCUUCUUAUUUAUAAUGUCAGCUGAAAGUGAGAACAGGCGUUCGCAUGGCACUGUUAUAGCCAGCGUCGCACGGUAUUUACGUGCCACAUAUGCUAAACAUUCAUAUGCCCCUUCAUGCAUCAACUUGCAGGCCCUAAAGUUUUACAUUGUUUUGUUUUUGAGAGUAGUUUAUGUAAAAAAAAUAAUUCUACAUUUGUAAGUUGCACUUGCACAAUAAAGCAAUUGUACUUCAGCACUUGUAUGAGGUGAAUUGAAAAAUACUGUUUCUUUUGUUUCUUUUUACAGUGCAAAUAUUUGUAAUAAAAAUAAUAAUAUAAAGUGAGCACUAUAUACUUUGUAUUCUGUGUUGUAACUGAAAUCAAUAUAUUUGAAAAUGUAGAAAACAUCCACAAAUAUUUAUAAUAAAUUUCAAUUGGUAUUCUCUUAACAGAGUGAUUAUAACAGCGAUUAAUCACGACUAUUUUUUUUAUUCUUACAAUUAAUUUUUUUUUAACUCAGCCGACAUCUCUAGUUCUAGAUUGCAGGUUAUGAUUUUAUAUGCAACCAUUUGGUCCUACAUGUCUAUUUGCUAUCAGGUGAAUCUCUACUGUGUGUCAGAUAAACUUUUGCUUGUUUAUGCUAUAA